AUGCAUCGCAAACAGCUCCUGCUCAUUGACUUGGUAUCAUCAGUAUCAUCAAGUUGCAUUCACACCAUCCCCGAGUCUCAACCUUUCGUCUCACAUUGGUGCAUCGCCACGAGCUUAUUCACUGCAUCAGUCUCCGGCUUACACAUCCGUGCGAGGGUCGAUUACGGCGGCCGAGAGUAUUCGAUCGCUGUGGAUGUCAAGUUACUCAUCCCAUCUCCUGUUCUCCAUCUCAUCAAUCAUCACGGAAUAUGCCUGGGGAGAUUGCCUGUUCAAGCCCCAUUGAAACCGCACCAAGCGCUGGUUAAUCAACCUUAUUUCCAUUUACUUGACAGCGCUUCCUGUUUCUACCACACCGAACGAACGAUCAUCAAUCAGCAAAUCAGCGCAAAAAAUGCAAGCAAUGCGAUUUUCGCAAAACCCUGGGCGAAAAGGAAGGACCCUGCCAGCGAAAAGGGGGGCUCACCGUUUCACCAAGUCGCCGGCACGACUGUGCCGCGAGAUCAUUGGUCAUAUCAUCUACAAACCCAUGCUAGCAUCUCAGCGGUUGACUCGGGCCCAGACUUCGUGUGCACCGGGGCUUCGUCCUUCAUAAUUGCCCCGAUCCUUCAACACAGCGCCGCCCGUACUUAG